UAGAUCUAUUGUGAGAUAUGCCCGGGUGUCUGCUGUAUCCCGCACUUCUGUUAAUAACAGUACCGCUAUUGAGAAGUGGCAUGCUUAUUAUUAUUGUUCAUCAGUGCUUGUGUGUAAUGUGCUACUCUUCCUUACACGCUUACUGUUCUACUAUACCGAUACUCGUUCUUCUUGCCAAAUAUCACCAAUUAUAAUCCCUGGAGAAGUUUCAUCGUGCGUCCUUCUCGCCAGUUUUAUUGAUAAGAGGGACUUAUUUUUUGUUAGGAGGAAGUCAUGCAAAGAUAUUGUAGAUUUCAGCGUGAAGGAAGGGUAACUGGUGGGGAGCCUGAGAAUAAACCCAUGCUUGAAAGUCCUUUUUGACAUUGGAUGGCCUGGUUCUACUAAGAUUCGAACCCACGACCAUCCGCUUGACAAUGUGGACUCUGUAACCUUGCGGCUACGCAGCUCCCCCACCUGUAUAUAUACUCGUUGCUUCUAGUCAAGUUCUCUUCUAGAUGUGGAGUAACUUACUACAUCAAAGUGAACAGUAUGCCUUCAGCGUGCAUUCUAUGACAUAUUUUUGUUUACUAGUUCGAGCCGGGAGACUAUGGAGAAUAUUAAUGAAUUUUGUACUGCUUUUUACUGCGACAAUUUGAAGCUAAAUCGUGUGAAUAAGUAGAUAUAAUCACUUCGAAACGAUAUUUCGUUCACAUCACGUGAACAGUUCGAGCGAAAUGGAGGGCUACAGCCUAAUAAAGAUGGAAGGAUGCACUCCAGCAAUAAAGCUAGAAGAGCUUAUAAUAUUUGACACUGUGGCUACGGAAAGGGAACCGACUGUAACGAAAGGUUCAACUGAUGUGGAACAAGAACCGGUGAUGGAAAUUACCGAUGAAGUUAAGACUACAGCAGCUUCCAGCAACUCUAACGAUUCAAAAAUGCGCAAUAUAGAUGUUGGUGAUGAUUCACACAAAAAGAACGCCUGUGAAUUCUGCAAUAAAAAAUACUGCUCAAAAGUCAACUUGGAGAAUCAUAGAAGAAUUCACACCGGGGAACGACCUUUUGCGUGUGAUAUUUGCAGCAGAACAUUCCGCACAGCUACGAUUCUUCUCCACCAUAAGAAUGCUCAUUCAAAGCAACACUUUGAGUGUGAUAUAUGCAAGCGACGUUUUUCCAUGAAAUCUAACUUAACGCACCACAGGAAUAUUCAUCGCUCAGAUUGUCCUCAUAAGUGUCCGAUUUGCGAUAAAUUACUCCCGACUAAUUCUCAUCUCGAACAACAUGUACGCAGUCACAGCGAUGCACGACCCUUCAAAUGCGACAUCUGUGACGCAUCAUACAAGGGUCAUAAUGCUCUGAAAGAUCAUAUGAAGAUCCACAAGGUCGAGCCUUUCCCUGACACAGAAGGUUUGAAGCCAAAUCGAACUGAUGAUAGCCUGAGUGAGGAAUCAGCGAAAUACACCUGCGAUAUAUGUGGCAAACAGUACAAACAAAUGAGAUCACUUCACUUACAUCUGAAGCGUCAUCAGAGCACCACUGUGAGAACUAAGGCUGAAAUCCAAAACAAAAAGCAGCACGAGUGUACGAUUUGUGGAAAAGGAAAUCCGAGUAGAACAAUUCUCAUGAAGCACAUGCUUUGUCAUACCGAAGAAAGGCCUUUUAAUUGCGAUAUUUGCGGUUUAUCAUAUAAGUCAGCUCGUGAUAUGAAAGUCCAUAAAAAUACACACAUUGCGGAGAGACGGUAUGAAUGCGAAAUUUGCGGAAAAAGAUUUCUUAUUUCUUCCACACUAAAGCGGCACUUGUUAUGCCACACCGACGAACGGCCUUUUAAAUGCAAUAUUUGCGGUCUGUCAUUGAGGUUGGAAUAUAAUCUAAGAAAUCAUAUACUAAACCACAAAUUCAAGCAUGAAAAUUCCACAAUCGAGCAAAAUCUUGAAACACAUGUGGAUGAAAAACGACUUUUCAAUUGCGAUAUUUGCGAUUUAUCCUAUAAAACAGUUUAUGGUUUUAAAAAACAUAAGGAAAAGCAUCUCCGAGGCCCGCUUAAAUGCGAAAUUUGCGAGAAAAUAUUUCUAUUACCUCACAGACUAAAGCGGCACAUGGUUUGCCAUUCGAAUGAACGGCCCUAUAAAUGCAACAUUUGCAGCUCAUCAUUCAAGUCUAGUUCUCAUCUACAAUCUCACGAAAACACACACUCGGAAGAACGAUCUUACAAAUGUGAUAUUUGCGUUUUUGCAUGCAAGACAAAGAAUGUGUUAAAGGAGCACAAGAAAUCGCGAAAGCACCUAAGGCGAAUACAAACAGUGAUUGUUUAAAAUAUAUGUUGGAAAAACUUUGAAGCCGCAAAAGUAAUAAAAACGCAUCUGAAUGAGAAUUUUAGUGGGUUAGAGCGACAUAAUUCAUUUCGUGGUAAGUUUCCGACGCAAAGCGGUUUGUAUAGGGCAGAAACAAAAAAAAAAUCUGAAAACCUUUUAGUCAUAAGGUAUACUGGCGCUCAUGGCAAUUCCGGUCUAUUUGCGUUUUUUUAGGCUAAUUUUCUAGGGAAUAUUUUAUGGCGUAUUUUUUUGCUGUAGCCGAAAAGUUCCCAGGAUAAUCUUCAAAUUUGAAAAGUACACAACAUUUUCUAUGUACA